AUGAACUUUGAUCCAAUACAUACCAUUCAAGGUGAAAUAUAUGGACUCUUGUCACACUUGAAACUCAAUACGAGAUGGUCGUCCAAUCAAUAUCAUCCAAUCAUCCCAGCAAAUACUAUUCUUAUUGGUUUAAAGAAUCUAUCUAAUCAAUUACAUAAAGAAACAGAUUUCAAAACAUUAGAUACAGUAUCAUAUUUAGACCCAUUUCUACUUGUCAUUCGAUCACAAGAAACAAGUGGUCCAAUAACAGGAACUGCUUUAACUUCUGUAAACAAGUUUUUAAAUCUAUUUAUUAAUGCUGACUCAAAUAAUAUUCAAUCAGCAAUCAAGAGUAUAGCAGAGAGUGCAGCACAUUGUAAAUUUGAAGCAACUGAUUCUAGAAGUGAUGAGGUUGUUUUAAUGAAGAUUCUACAAGUGUUGCUGUCGUGUGUAAAGAAUCCUGCAGGUAUCUAUUUAAGCGAUGAUUUGGUAUACGAGAUUGUUCAGACAUGCUACUUGAUGAUCGAUCAGUCACGGUCAAGUGAAUUGUUGAAAAAGACGGCAGAGGUUACAAUCCAAGAGAUUGUCACUAUCAUCUUUCAACGUUACAACUCUAUCCCAAGACCACCACCAACUCCACCACCAUGUCCACCUCCAUCCAUCAUGAUUUCAACUCCCAUCAUUAGAGAAGGUGAUGAAACAACAACAACAUCAGCUGCUGUCACCAUGGUUGAUCCAAUUACAUCAUUGAUUUUGGAAGAUCAACAACAAUUUUCACCAAAUGCUGAUCUAUUUUUUAGUAACCUUCCACAAAAAAAGGAUGAUGAUAAUAAUAAUAAUAAUCAUAAGAAUACUUCUCAUUCUCAACCAAGUUCUCCUAUUCCAUCACAUUCUCAAAAUGUUCCAUCAAAUUCAUCUUCAUCAAAUUCAUCAAAUUCAUCAUCAGUCAAUCAAAGUAGAAUUAUAAAUGAUUAUGAUAAAUGUUAUGAUGAAUCAGUAUUAAUUAGAAUAUUUAAAUUCUUUUCAUCAAAUGUUCGUCCAUCAACUCAUGAUUCAGAAAUGACAAGAUUACUUUGUUUAAAUUUAAUCAAUAUCAUUAUUCAAAAUAGAGGUGAAUUAUUGGAAGAUAUUCCGGAUAUAAUGGAUAUUGUUAAAGAUGAUUUAUUUAAAUCUUUAUUAUUGAAUUUACAAUCAAAAUCAAUACCAAUAUUUUCAUUAACAAUGAGAAUAUUUUUCAAUUUAUUUGUAUCUCUGAGAAAAACAUUAAAAGCACAAUUUGAAGAAUUCUUUAAUGUAUUGUUACGAACUAUUAUUGAUAAAUCAUCACAAGAAUAUGUUAGAAACAUGACGGAAUUGUACGAGUUGGCAUUGGAAGGAUUAAGAGAUUUUUGUAAAUUGCCAUUGGCAAUGGCCGAUCUUUUCAUAAACUAUGAUUGCGAACUCUAUUGCACCAACAUUUUUGAAACUCUAUGCAAGAUACUCUACAAAAACAGUUUCCCAUUGGGAUCUGGCAAUCUCACCUCUCUGCAUAUUCUUUCACUCGAAAAUCUAUUGGCCAUCAUUCAAUCAAUCGAUGACCGUACCCGAUAUCCAAAAUAUAUUCCACACUCUCAAGUGGCCACCAUCAACUCUUUGACACUUCAAUAUAAUCAAAAACGUGAAUUCAAAAGAUUAAUGGGUAUUGCUGCAGAUCAUUUUAAUGCUAGAAGUCCAAAAGAUGCUUUUGAUUAUCUUAUAGAUAAUAAGAUUUAUCAAGAAAUGAAUCCAAGUUCAAUAUCAAAAUUUUUAAUUGAAACACCAAAAUUAAACAAACACAAAGUUGGAGAAUACUUGGCAAAGAGAAAUCCAUUAAAUUCUCAAGUUUUGGCAAUCUAUGUUGGUCAUUUUGUCAAGGUUCAUUCAGACAAUUACAUCUUGGCCUAUAGAAACUUUUUAGAAAGUUUUUGGAUUCCUGGUGAAGCUGGUGUAGUCGAUAGAAUAUUUGAACCAUUAUCUGAACAAAUAUUUUCUACUCUUACUGCCAAAGGUGAAUUACCUGCUUCAUUUACAAAUCCAGAUAAAAUUUUCGUCUAUCUUUAUUCUGGUUUAAUGUUACAUACAAGUUCUUUUAAUCCAAAAGUUACAGCAAAAGAUAGAUUUACAUAUCAAUCAUUUAAACAAUUACUUGUACCAAGUGAUAUAUCAGAAGAUUUAAUUAAAGCAAUGUAUGAAGAAAUGACAGCAAAUGAAUUAUGUGUUGAUGAAGAACCUGCUAAUCCUGGUGUAGUUUCUUAUUCAACUUGGAAAAAUAUUAUGAAAAAAUCAAAAAAAGUAGAAUACUUUGAAACUGUUACAUCAAAUGAAUAUGAUAAAGAUAUAUUCCCAAUUAUUUUAAAUGUUGCCAUUCCAGCCAUAUCAAAUGUAUUUGAAAAGAUUGACAAUGAUGCACUUAGUCAAAGAAUAUUGGAUGGAUUCCAUUUGUGUGCCCAAGUGUCGGCCAAUUAUAACAUUAAUGAAUCGAUUGAUACAUUGAUGAACUCGCUGUGUAGUAAUACAACCUUGAUUGAUAAGGAAGGUACUGCUGUAGAUCCUCAACAACCAAGUUUCUACGAUGACAACAAAGCACAAUUGGUUACCAUUACAACAUUUGAAAUUGCAAUCAAAUAUGCUGGUCAUUUAAGAGAAUCAUGGAAAAGUGUUAUUGGAGUUGUAUGUAAAUUAAACAAAUUAGGAUUAUUACCAAAUAUCUUUGAAGAGAUUGAUUUUCCAAUUGAAAGUAAAAAACAAGACAAGACACAAACAGACAAACAACAAACCAGCACUCAAAAACAAAAUAGUUUGUUGAAAUGGUUUGUUUCAGAAUCAGAGUUUGUUGGUGAUAAUGAAACUAACAAAUAUGAACAAAAGGCAAAAACAUGUGUUGAUAAUUGUAAUAUUAAAGAUUUAUUUUUAGAAACAAGAACAAUACCAUUACAGUCAUUGGAACAUUUAUUACAAGAUUUAUAUUUAUUGACAACACCAAAGAAUAACAUUUUCACUUUUAAUCAAAAACAAGCAUUAUUUUGUUUUGAUUUAAUCACUCAUAUUAUUUUAUUUAAUAGAGAAAGAUUACAUUUAAUUUGGGGACAAUUUUAUAAACAUAUUGAAAAUAUUAUAAUAACAUGGGAUCAAUCACCAAAAUUAUCAGCAUUUAUUGAAAAGACAGUAUUAUCAACAAUGUAUUUGUUGAUUAGAUUAUUGGAUGCAAAGGAGGUAUCUGCAACUUUGGAACCACUUGUUUCAUUGAUUGUCAAGGUAAAGACUGUUGUAGACUCUGUUGCAGAGAAAAUGUCGAUUGGUUUGGUUCAAUUGGUACAACAGAAUCUUUCCUAUUUGACAUCGGAUCAGACCAUUUGGGAACCAAUCAAUGCUAUUAUUGUUUUGUUGUCUGGUAAUCCAAAAUCAUCGGCUAGAGCAUGCGAAGCAUUGGCCACUACCAUUGGAGCGGUUGGAUUGACACCCAAGACUUGCAAGGAUUGUCUUGAAACGAUUCAAUGCUUUUUCACGUCUGACACUAUUCCUCAUACUGUCACUAGUAAGGCUAUGGAACUCAUGUUUGUAGUAUUCGAGGCUGUUAAUGGUGUGUUGCAGAUUGAUAUUCCAAUGGCUGUUGCUGCUGCCAGUAGCUCGGCAUCUGCUGCAUCAGUCACUGAUCGUAUCAAGUUUCGUAGUAUCGAUCGUCGUGUCACGGAUGCUUGGGAGCAGUAUUGGUCUUGCAUCUUGGAAUCACUACGUAAACUGUGUCUUCACAAGACCCCCAAUAUUCGUAACAAUGCCAUGACCUAUCUUCAAAAGUGUAUGCUCUCACCAAACCUUUCAGUAUUGUCUGCACAAAAGUGGAUGACAUGCUUUGUCGAUGUUGUCUUUCCACUGUUGACCGAUCUCAAGGUCAACGCCAAUGUUCCCAAUUAUGAAGAUAUGCGUGUUCGUGCAGCAGCGCUCCUCUCUAAGGUCUUUUUGCAGCAUCUCACCACUAUCAACACACUAGACACCUUUUUGGCCUUGUGGACCGAGAUUUUAGUCUUUUACAGACAAUACAUGGGACUCUCUGAAUUGCUCUCAGAGUCUGUCCCAGAAUCACUAAAAAAUAUGCUCUUGGUCAUGAACAACAGUCGUGUAUUCAAGGAUCCAUCAGAUGCCGACUCUAAUGACAAAUCUCGUGCCCUCUGGGAAUUGACAUGGAAGAAUAUUAAUGAAUUUUGUCCAAAAAUUAAAGAUGAUGUAUUACCAAGAGUUUCUCCUCAACCUCUACCUCAACAACAACAGGUUGAAAAUAAUAAUAUUCAAUCUCCACCAUCUUCAACAACAACAACAAUAACUCAACAAAGUGAUCCAACUGUUGCACCAGUACCAUCAUCAUUAAAUGUUUAA